AUGUUCAAUGGUUUAAUAAAUAUAGGUGUUGUAAUGAAAUACAAUUUUCCGUCGUUAUAUGUCAAACUUUCUGAUACUUUAUUAAAAUAAAUCAUUACCCGUGCGUAACAAUCAUCAUUGUCUCUGAAAAUACGCACAGAAUUUUCACGGACUAUGCAGGAAUUUCCGUGUGUCUUAUCUGAAUACGAGGAAAUAAAUCCUCUUCUUUAUAAGCCUAUCACCUCGACUCAACGAAUCAAGUAUACAUGUUUCAACACAUCACCCAAUUAUAUCAUAUUGGGCUCAACCAGUGGCAGUAUUUACCUGUUUUUAAGGAAACCAUGCACAUUUGUACAGUUGAUACCUUUAUCGGAAGGAUCAGUUUCUCAUGUUCUCAUAUCACCUGAUGAAAAAACAAUUGCUUUGACAACAACUCGUGGGACAGUUUGUCUGGUAGCUUUGAAGCCAGCACCAAAAUUAUUAGCCAUAUCAACAGAACAUAUUCAAGAACAAAUUAAUUGCCUGUGUUGGAAUGAUAAUAGUUCUGAAAUAUAUAUCGGAGAUGGCAAUGGUAAAGUUUCUGUGAUGGUGAUGUCCAUUUUUAUGAUGCAUACACUUCAGGUUAAUGGAAUGUUUCAAUCACCAGCUUGUAUAUUGAUGAACCUGGAUUCUGCUGUUGUGCAGCUUAACUUUUGUUCACCUUUACUGUUAGUGUCAACACUGACACGCUGUUACAUAUGUGAUACAGUACAAGAACAAUAUAAGCAAGUAGGAAAUAAGACAAGAAAUGGAGAGUUUGGUGCUUGCUUUUAUAAAACAUACCUUACUGAUAAAAGUACCUUAGUUACCCCAAAGGAAGAAAGAUUAGUAAAUAGGAAAGGUUCUUUUAAUUUUAUUCCCGAGGGUAACAGUAACAUAGAAGAAGGAAAUUUUCCUCAAAUUUUUUGUGCUCGACCAAGUUCUAGGCUUUGGGAAGUAUCUGCAAAUGGAACUGUUAUGAAAACUCAUCAGUUUAAAGAAGCACUAGCUACUCCACCAGUAACAAUAUGCCGGCCAAACAUGAGAAAAUCCAUGUACCAGAAACCAACAGAACAAGCCUGGAUGCCACAAUCCAUUAAUUUUUCUCAUUUAUUCACCAUUGCAGAAAAAUAUUUAUUUUCAUAUACUUCUACUGGUAUAUAUAUAAUCGAUCCUAUAACUGCAACUGUAAUCUUAUGGAGCAAUGAAUUUUCAAACAUAAGCGUUGCAGAAACAGUAGAAAACGAAAUAUAUUUGAUGACUUUUGAUGGAAACUUUCAUUGUUUAAUUUUGUCUGUCUUAGAUGCUUUGAUACUAUGGUUGUAUAAUAGAAAAAGGUAUCACGAAUGUUUAGAGGUAUGCCUUCUAUAUAAAACACAAUUAAAACAAUUAAUAAAUAGCACAGAGAUUAAUGCUAUUUGUAAUAUAGAGAACAAACUACAGAUACUUAGAGAUGAUGAAUUGUCAACGUUACUACAUCCAUUGAUAAUUUUACUAGAAUCUAAUUCCAAAACAAGUCCAAAGAAAUUGGAUUCAGGCAUCGUAGUCGUUAAUUGUGGAAAUUCAAACUUGAAAGAGGAGGAAAGUUUCAGGCAUAAUUCUUUACCUUAUUGUCUUUCACAAAACAAUGAAAGUCCUUGUGAAACUGAAUUAUCAGAGGGAAAAGAAACGUUAACUAAUUUACUGGAAGAUUCUACCAAUGAAGUAACAAAAAUUAAAGAUGCAAAUUACAAUACAGAGAAUGUACAAAAGAGUAACAAUGAGGAAAGAGCAAAAAUUAAUGAGGAAUUAUACUCAAAUAAAACUAUAACACAAAGGAUACAAGCAGAUUUAGAAAGUAUAUAUGCGUUAAUUGAUAAUAUUAAACCUUCUAUGGAUGAAGAACAGUUAGAGAAAAUAAUUUUGGAAAUAGAUUGGAAAAUGAACGUUCUCAAAGAUUCAUAUGAAAUUUUGACUGAAUUAAAAGGUUUCGUUUAUGAAGUAUUAAGAAGUGUAGAAUUAUAUUAUUUCAAUGCUCUAUUAGAAAACAUUUCAGUACAACUAAUACAGCCAAGUGAUAAUGAAACUAUUAUAAAACAGAUAAUGAAAGCUUUUAUUAAUAUAAAUGCACAAAACUAUAAAAAGUGUACCUGUGGUAGUCCAUGCCCAACAGAUGAGUUAGUUGAACCAAAGUUCCUGGGGAUUGGUAGAUACCUUCUUAAAAAGAUUAUAGAUGAAAAUAAAGAACAGUGUAUAAUAUUAUGUAACAAAGUACCUUAUAUGUGGCGAGAAUAUUUACCAAUCUAUGUGAACCAGCACGGUGUACUGAUGAAUGAUUUACUACGUCAGUGCCUUCAGAUUAAAGAUAAUAAUUUACUUUCCACCCUUUUACCAUUAUUAGAUGGAAAACACUGGAAUCUUGUAGCAACAUAUGCAAAGGAAAUGCAGGAAGGGCAAUGCUUAUUUUGUGGUAAAUCUAUAAGAAAAGGAAACAAUGAAAUAUUAAUAAACUGGACUGCUGUGAUACAUGAAAUUAUGAAGAAACAGGGACCUGAUGUUGCCAUGACACUAUUAAUAAAGUUGGAAAAAGCCAUCCCAAAUAUUUCUGUCGAUAAAAGUAUAUUUCAAUCGCUAAUAUUUACAAAAAUCUUAUAUCACCAUGGAAUGAAACAUGCUAUCAAUUUUAAUAAAAAUACUUUAGAAUCAUCUGAAUAUAAUACAAUAUGUUCCACAAAGAUACGAGAUCAGUUAGUAGAAGUUAUUGAAAAAGAUUUAAGUAAACCAGUUAAUAAGAAUAUAUUUGGAAAUGGUGCUCAUCACUGGGGAAUGCAUUAUCAAAAUAAAUUACAUACAUGUCCUUGCUGCACCUUAUCUCUUCAAACGCCGGUUCUGUUAGGUAACAAUGGGAUCGCAAUAUUUGAUUGCGGCCACUCUUAUCACGUAAAUUGUAUGAUAGAAAAGAAACUUACAGCCUGUAAUUUGCAUUCUUGAGUAAACAUGCAUCAGAAACAGUAAAUCUCGUAAAAGAUAUUAACGUACAAGUGCAGUUCUUUAUAUAAAUUUCUGAAGAGGAAUUGCGCCUUGCUCAUCUAGUCUCUAUAAAUUGUUCGUACGUGUAUAUGUAAAUUUAUUGUCUUUAUACAAAUUGUUAUCACAGACUUCACGAUUUAACACAAAUAAAUAUUUAUGCUUCA